AUGGUCCUCUCCAGAGAGCUCAUGCGUGCCGCAAGAGGCGGGGACAAGGCUGUCGUCGCGGCCUGGCUCGAAUCCGGCGGGGGCAAUGACGUCGAAGAGGUCGACGGGAAGGAACGCACCUUGCUACUAGGUGCCGCGUGGGGGAGAGGUCCCAGUGUUGGAUCAUUCGACGAAAGGAACGUGGCGCUGGCCCGAUAUUUGCUCGAUCACGGUGCGGACGUGAACCGCUCCAGCCGCAGUGGGUACACGUCGCUGCAUUGGGCUGCAUUUUGUCGUUCGGAAUCCUCGCCCCCGAUGGUCGCUCUAUUGCUUAAAGCGGGCGCGAACGUUCUCGCGACGAAUGAUAAGCGCAAUAAUCCGCUCACGAUAGUGCUGAGACAACUGGGAAAAGCCGGACCGUCACGUCCUCGCAUGGAGAUCGCACUCUUACUGCUACGAGCUCUGCCGUCGCUGGAUCAUGCACACAGUGCCCCCAUUGUCGAUGACACAAUUCUUACCUCUUCCGCAGAACAGGUUCUGGAUUGGGCGGUAAACCGACUCGACGGGCCCCUGCCCCCCGACAACUGCUUCGAGGCGCUGAGGGCCGUGGUCGUCGGGGUCCGCGCCGCCGGCGGCUGGCGGGCAUACGACCGGGAACCUCGCGCGGAGGUCCUUCGACUCCGGAGCCUCGCGCUUCGGCGGCGCGCCGUCCUCCCGUCCGCGCUGCCCCAGCGCUUCGCCUACGGCGAUCGCGUCGUUACGCGCCCCAAAACCGCAAAGGCGUGCCUGGGUACCGUCAUCGCGGCGAACUCGCUACAAAUCGUCGUCAAGCUCGACGACGCCAAAGGAUUCGAGGCCUAUCCUCCCGAGGGCGGAGAAGACCUGCUACUUAGAGCCUCGUACAUCCGGACCCUCGGCUUCCUCGUCCGGUGUCCGCCGGAGAUCGCCUGGCAAAUCCUCGGCUACUGGCGCUGCCAGUACCCGGUCGCGACGGACAUGAUUGACCAGCUCGGCUACCGCUAG